CGAAACAUGCAUACAUCGAUGGCGAUGAGAAGGACCUGCAGGACGGCCCUUGUCGCGGCGGCGGUGGUGGUGGUGAUGGCGAUGGCGCCGCCGGCUGUGUGCGAGAGCAAGACUAGCAAGCAGCAGGAGAAGAAGGGGCCGCUGGCGACGGCGGUGAUCGUGUUCGGCGACUCCAUCAUGGACCCCGGCAACAACAACGGCCUCCACACGGCGGUGAAGGCGAACCACGCGCCCUACGGCAAGGACUUCGCCAACCACGAGCCCACCGGCCGCUUCUCCAACGGGCUCAUACCAACCGACUUCAUGGCCCAGGGUCUUAACGUGAAGCAAUUACUUCCUCCGUACCUGGGCGUGGAGCACACCCCCGAGGACCUCCUCACCGGCGUCAGCUUCGCGUCCGGCGCCACCGGAUUCGAUCCUCUCACCCCCGUCAUCGUGAACGUGAUCUCGCUGGAGCAGCAGCUGGUCUACUUCGACGAGUACCGUGGCAAGCUGGUGGGCAUCGCCGGCGAGGAGGAGACGCGGCGGAUCAUCGACGGCGCGCUGUUCGUGGUGUGCGCGGGCACGGACGACAUCGCCAACACCUACUACACCACGCCGCUCCGGAGCGCCCACUACGACAUCCCCGCCUACGUGGACCUCCUCCUCGUCGGCGUCGAGUCCUUCCUGCGCAACGUGAGCGCGCGGGGCGCCAAGCGGGUCGGCUUCGUGGGGCUCCCGCCCAUCGGGUGCGUGCCGUCGCAGCGGACCAUGGGCGGCGGCCCGGACCGCGGCUGCGUGCCGGAGCGCAACGCCGCCGCGCGGCUCUACAACGCGAGGGUGCAGGAGCUGAUCCGCCGGCUGGGGGAGGAGGACCCAGCCGGGUUCCCCACCCUCGUGUUCAUCGACAUCUACACCGUGAUCCAGGACCUGGUGGACAACGGGGCGCGGUACGGGUUCAGCGAGACGAAGAAGGGGUGCUGCGGCACCGGCACGGCCGAGGUGGCGGUGCUGUGCGACGCGAGGUUCAUGCCGGUGUGCGACGACGUGUCGGAGCAUGUCUUCUUCGACAGCUACCACCCCACGCAGCGGGCCUACAAGGUCAUCGUCGACUACAUCUUCGACCACUACAUGCAGUUCCUGAACCUCUGAGGCUGCAUCAUUUAUAUUCUUGUGUUUCCAAAGCAUUACAUUAUUCAUUCUUGUUUAUCUGAAUUAUGAGAUAUCAGGGCCAAAAACAGAUCGGCCAUGCCGAGCUGCAGGUGAUUCAGUGUGUGAAGUAACUUAUAAUUCAGUGUGUGAGUAUAUAUUUCGGGUGGUGCUUGAUCCAA